AUGGCAUCAUUAUCAGAAAGGACAAUCGGAGGGUUUGAGAAUGUCAACCCAUCUCAUGUCAACGGCGAAGAGCUGUUUGAAGCUGACAUCUUGCUGUCUUCUGAGCAGAGAAGGCAACUGCUGGAGAGGAAGGCCAUACCAUACACUUCCAUGCGGGGCCAAGGCCAAAUGGGACCGAAUGGAACUCCAGUUUGUGCCUUACAAGUUCGGAGACCGGCUGUGAAUACAACAGCGGUAGAGGCAGGGUUGGCCCACUGGGAGGAGCAUACUUGUAUUGACUUCCAGCUCAUCAGUGGUGCUGCUCCAAGCCAAUACUUGAACUUCAUUAAAGGCAAUGGGUGCUGGUCAUAUGUCGGAAUGCAGUCAACAGCACAAGAUUUAUCUAUUGGUGAUGGAUGCAAUGCGCUGGGGACUGUUGCUCAUGAGGUCGGCCACGCCAUGGGAUGCUUCCACGAGCAGUCCCGUUCUGACAGGAACGACUACGUUUCUAUCAUUUUCGAAAACAUUCAAGCGGGCAAAGAAGGAAACUUCCAAAAAAAUGUUGACAACAACUACUCAGUCAAAUAUGAUUUCAUGUCAGAUUUGCAUUAUGGCUCAGAUUACUUCUCUGUGAAUGGAAAAAAUACAAUAACAACAAAAAAUCCGUUAGCACAAGAACUUAUUGGCAAAAGGACUGGCCUGAGCCACUACGAUAAACUACUGGCGAACACGAUGUAUCCAUGCAUUACAAAAUGGAUGCAAACUUGCAGCAUAGCCACGAACCCUUGCCAGAACGACGGCUACAUCGGUAAAAACUGUGCUUGUGUCUGUCGCAGCGGAACGAGUGGCGCUAACUGCGAGAUUGUUAAUGAAGGCUACUACGAUAGUCUUAUCUCAGGUUGUUCAGCGAAUGUUACUGCACCAGGAACAAUAACAUCUCCCAACUACCCUAGUAAUUAUCCAACAGAGUGA